AUGGAUGAAAUUACAGAAUUGUGGGAAAAUUUCAACCUUACUAACGAAGAAGAAGAGACCUUUAUCGUUGACAAUCAGCAACCAAUUUUGACGGCUGAAAAUAUCCAACUUUGUGGGGUUGGUAAACUUCACACAAGUAAAAGGAUAAGCGCUAAAGCUUUGGCGUCUGUAAUGAAACAGGUUUGGAAAAUUCAUGAAUCUACUCGAAUUGAGGCUGCUGGUUUGAACAUCUACGUUAUAGCUUUUAAGACUAUGGUAGAGAAGAAAAGAGUUCUUUCUUCAGGUCCUUGGACUUUUGAUAAGUCUCUAUUUGUUCUCGUGUCACCAACGGCUGCAGACAAACCUCUGGACGUGGACUUUAGGUUUUGUGCCUUCUGGGUUCAAAUACACUGCAUACCUUUUGAGUAUUUGACCAGAGAUAUGGCAAAGCUCCUGGGGGAUCGACUAGGCAAAGUCGAGGAGGUAGAUG